UAUCCAAUCAGAGCAAGACGGAUGACGGAAACGCUGUCGUUCGUUUCCUUCGUUCAUCUCUGAUCUUUAAUCCGGUGAUGAUGAUGAGAUGAACGGAUGGUCGGAAAGGAGAAGGAUUGAGGUCGGACGUCGGGCCGGAGACCGAAAAUGUCGGCGGCGGACAUCGGCGGAAUCCUGGACAGCUCGAAGGAGCUCGACCGGCUGAGGAAGGAGCAGGAGGGCGUGCUGAUGGAGAUCAACAAGAUGCACAAGAAGCUCCAAACCACCCCUGAAAUGGUCGAGAAGCCCGGGGACACUUCCCUGUCGAGGCUGAAGUACUUGUACUCCUACGCCAAGGACCUUUCCGAGAGCGAAGUAAACAUGUCAAAUGCUUUGCUGAACCAACUCGAUGCUCUGGUGCCUUCUGGACCAUCGAGGAGAAAGCCAGAUGGCAGUGAUCUAAAGAGGAAACGAGGAAAAAAUGAUUCAGAAAUCCCACGGUUGUCUCCUUCUUUAAGAACUCAACUCGAGGCUUGUGCUAGUUUAAUAGGAGAACAGGUUGCUGCAAGGGUUACGCCUGAUGAUGCUGAGAAGGAUGAGUGGUUCGUGGUAAAAGUCAUGCACUUUGACAGAGAAAGUAAAGAAUUUGAUGUAUUGGACGAGGAACCUGAAGAUGAAGAAGAGGGCAGUGGCGAAAGGAGGUACAAGCUGCCUAUAUCACGUAUCAAGCCUUUUCCAAAGCGCAGUGAUCCUUCUAGUGCCCCUGAUUUCCCUCCCGGGACCCAAGUCCUUGCUGUAUACCCCGGAACAACAGCGCUCUAUAAGGCCACGGUAGUAAAAAAGAGGAAAACUGAAGACUAUCUGCUUGAAUUCGAUGACGAUGAGGAAGACGGAGCAUUGCCUCAAAGGAUGGUGCCAUUCCACAAGGUGGUUCCCUUACCAGAAGGACACCGCCAGUGAAGACCUCUAUGUACAAACAUUGACAUAGUUAUGAUGCAUAUUUGAGCUAGCCUUACAGAUUGCCCACGUUUCGUUCCAAGUAAUCAUAGACUAUACUUAGUAUCUUCUGUAAUAUUACAUUCUUGCCGAUGCAAGUCGGUCAAGCUACUUCUUGUAUGAUCAGUCUCAGCUCAUUUUUCUCUCA